GAGGGGGAGCAGUGCACUGUGCACUAAGUAAAGGAUAAAAGUUCCAACGUGCCGAAAAUGAAAGUGAUCUCAUCCCAUUCGUGACUAGUGUCUGCCCUUUCACUUUCUUGCUCAGAGCACUCACUCCACUCUUCUACUUAUUAUUAUUAUACCUUUCAAAAUCAAAUCCAUCGCCAAUCUUCUUCCUUUUGAUGAUUCAAAUUCUUCUCUCCACCGCGUUUGUGUCAUUGCAACUCUUCUUGUUUCGUUGAUUCGUUGCCUGGAAAGGGGAUGGCUUUUGUAAUUAGUCAAAUGGUGGUUCCCCCAAAUAGCAGCGCUUACAAGCCUUGGGAAGAUCCUUCAUUCUUCAGAUGGAAAAAGCGGGAUGCUCAUGUCCCAUUCCGUUGCCAUGAAUCCGUGGAAGGAUCCCUUAAGUAUUGGCGUGAGCGGAACAAGGCGGAUGUUGUGGUGGCUAAUUCUGCAGUUUGGGACGACGAUGCUGUUCCUGAGGCGCUUGAUUGUGCUGCUCGGUGGGUGGAAGGUUUGCCUUUUGUCAAGUCUUUGUCAGGCUAUUGGAAUUUCUUCCUGGCUCCUAGUCCUCCCGCUGUUCCUUCAAAUUUUUAUGAUACCUCUUUUCAGGACUCUACUUGGACCAAAAUUCCAGUUCCUUCCAAUUGGCAGUGUCAUGGACAUGACACACCAAUUUAUACUAAUGUUAAAUAUCCCUUUCAUUUUGAUCCGCCCAAAGUUCCUGAUGAGAAUCCCACUGGCUGUUACAGGACUUUGUUUUUCCUUCCUAAAGAAUGGGAAGGACGCAGGAUAUUUCUACAUUUUGAAGCUGUGGAUUCCGCGUUCUAUACCUGGGUAAAUGGGGUUCCUGUUGGAUAUAGCCAGGACAGUAGAUUACCUGCGGAAUUUGAGAUAACCAGUUUUUGUAAACCCUGUGGGUCUGAUAACUGCAAUUGUCUAGCUGUUCAAGUAAUGCGAUGGAGUGAUGGGUCUUACCUUGAAGAUCAAGAUCACUGGUGGUUGUCUGGCAUUCAUCGUGAUGUGCAUCUUAUUUCAAAGCCAAAGAUAUUUAUUGCUGACUAUUUUUUUAAGUCAAACUUGACAGAAGAUUUUUCUUAUGCAGAUAUAGAGGUUGAAGUGGAAAUUGAUAACUCAUAUGCCGAUCUAAGUCUUUCUGACUUCACUGUUGAAGCUGCAAUAUAUGAAAAUGGAAGUUUGUGCGAUAAAGCGAAAGACAGUGAUCUGCUUUCUGCAGAUGCAACUCCUUUACAAUUUACUUCCAAAAGUGAUUACUAUUUAGGAUUUAAAGGGUAUUCUCUUGUGGGGAAAGUGCAAGCGCCAAAGCUCUGGUCUGCAGAGCAGCCCAACCUUUAUACUCUUGUUAUCACCAUUAAAGAUGCUUCAGGACAUAUCAUUGAUUGUGAAUCAUGUCAAGUUGGCAUACGGCAAAUAUCUAAAGCACCAAAAGAGCUGCUUGUUAAUGGGCAGCCAGUAAUGAUAAGAGGUGUAAACAGGCAUGAGAACCAUCCACGUAUUGGAAAGACUAACUUGGAAUCCUGCAUGAUCAAGGAUUUGGUUUUAAUGAAACAAAACAAUAUAAAUGCUGUUAGAAACAGCCAUUAUCCUCAACAUCCACGAUGGUAUGAGUUGUGCGAUCUCUUUGGCAUGUACAUGAUUGAUGAAGCCAAUAUUGAGACACAUGGUUUUAUGGAACAUCCAAAACAUAAGCAUCCGGCACUGAUAUCAUAUUGGGCUGCACCUAUGCUGGACCGUGCUGUAGGCAUGGUUGAGAGGGACAAAAAUCAUGCAUGCAUUAUAGCCUGGUCCCUUGGGAACGAGUCAAGCUAUGGACCUAAUCAUACUGCUAUUGCCGGAUGGAUAAGAGAAAAGGAUCCAUCAAGACUAUUACACUAUGAAGGUGGUGGUGCCAGGACGUUAUCAACUGAUAUUGUGUGCCCGAUGUAUGCCCGUGUCUGGAAUAUAGUUGAGAUAGCCAAUGAUCCAACUGAACUGCGGCCAGUAAUAUUAUGCGAAUAUUCACAUGCAAUGGGUAACAGCAAUGGAAAUCUUCAUGAAUACUGGGAAGCAAUUGAUAGUACAUUUGGUCUUCAAGGAGGUUUUAUUUGGGAUUGGGCUGACCAGGCAAUAUUGAAAGAAGGUUCUAAUGGUAAAAAGCACUGGGCAUAUGGAGGUGAUUUUGGGGAUACACCUAAUGAUUUAAACUUCUGCCUAAAUGGUGUUGUAUGGCCAGAUCGAACUCCUCACCCUGCAUUACAUGAGGUUAAGUUUGUCUACCAGCCAAUAAAGGUUUCAUUUGAUCAGGGUGUUAUUGAGAUUAAAAAUACCCAUUUUUUCGAUACAACACGAGAAUUGGAGUUUAACUGGUUGCUUCAUGGUGAUGGUUGUGAGCUUGGGUCUGGGAACCUUGGUGUUCCCGUGAUAGAACCUCAGGGUACUCACAGAAUACUUUGGGAGUCUGGACCAUGGUAUUCGUUGUGGUCUUCAUCCGGAGCUUCUGAAUUUUUUUUGACAAUUACUGCAAAGUUAUUGCACCCUACACGUUGGGUUAAUGCCGGUCACCUUAUUUCUUCUACACAAAUCCUCUUACCUGGCAAACAAGAAUCUGUUCCUCAUACUAUUAAAGACACAAAGGCUACUUUAAUUAUUCACAACCAUGAAGAUACAAUAAAGCUUGGUCACGGUGGCUCAUGGGAGAUGGUCUUUAACAAAAAAUCCGGUGCUAUAGAAUGCUGGAAGGUCGGGGAAAUUUUGGUUAUGAAUAAAGGUAUUAUUCCAUGCUUUUGGCGAGCACCAACAGAUAAUGAUAAAGGAGGAGAGCAAAUGAGUUAUUUAUCUAGGUGGAAGGCAGCAAAUCUUCACAAUCUGAUUUUUCUUAGCGAGAAGUUUUCAGUUGAAAGUGAAACUGAGCAUGUGGUGAAAAUUCAAAUUACAUAUGUUGGUAUCCCUGCCAGUGAAGUGAAUACUCUUUCAGCUUCAGGGGCAUCAUCUAGUCUUCUCUUUAAAGUUCAUAUGUUAUACUCGAUAUAUGGUUCUGGAGAUGUUAUUCUGGAAUGCAACGUGGAGCCAUGUUCUGAUCUUCCACCUCUGCCACGUGUUGGCGUUGAAUUUCAACUGGAAAAAUCCUUGGACCAGAUUAGCUGGUAUGGAAGAGGACCGUUUGAAUGUUACCCAGACCGUAAAGCUGCUGCCCAUGUAGGCAUCUAUAAACAUAAUGUUGGCGAUAUGCACGUGCCUUAUAUUGUUCCUGGGGAAUGCUCGGGUAGGGCAGAUGUUAGAUGGGUGACAUUUCAAAGCAAGGAGGGCACUGGCAUCUACGCUUCUAUGUAUGGGGGCUCCCCACCAAUGCAAAUGAAUGCUAGCUACUACACAACGGCUGAGCUUGACCGGGCUACACACCAUGAAGAUCUUGUAAAAAGUGAUAGCAUUGAGGUGCAUCUCGACCACAAGCACAUGGGUUUGGGAGGCGACGAUAGCUGGUCGCCUUGCGUUCACGAGCAGUACCUUCUUCCUGCUGCUCCCUACUCUUUCUCCAUCAGGUUUCACCCCUUAACUGCAGCAACUUCUGGCCCUGAUGUCUACAAAUCACAACUUUGAGGACCAUUCACUCUCACUGCAUGGGUGGACUUGUUUAGCCUAGACUCUGAACUUGCAUGAGAAAUGUAGAAAUUAAAACUGAAUAAUAAAAUGCCGGGUACCUUUUGAUUUGAAUAAUGGAAUCUGUUGGCUAAAGAUUUAGUUAUGUUAACAACAAUUGUGAUUUCCCUAGCAUGGAUAAUCAGUGCAUGCUACUUACUCAUUUGUUACAGUGCUCUUGUUAGUUAUAU